AUGACUCAACUCAUUACGGGUUAUGGAUGUUUCGCCAACUAUUUACAUAGAAUAGGAAAGAAAGAAGAUCCAAUGUGCAAACACUGUGAUCAAAACCUGGAAGACUCGGCAGAUCAUACACUUAUCGAUUGCAUAGCCUGGACCAAGAGUAGAGGAGCCCUGCUCAAUGCGCUUAACUGUGAUAUGUCUUUGGGAUCGGUGAUGCGGGCCAUCGUCCAAACGGAGGAAGCCUGGUUGGCGUUUGCAACGACAGUUCUGCUCGCCAAAGAAAGAUGCAAGCGUGAGCGACAAGCGCUUGAAGUGCAAAACUCACGCGAGCAGCGUAAUGGAAGAAGAGACCCCACAUUAAACCCUAUGAAUUUGGGCCCCGGCGGAAAUAGCUGA